AUGAAGUCAAACACUGCGUCGGAUUGCAUAAACACACGCGUCUACGGGGAGAGCGCGGCGCACACAGGGCAGCAGCCAUCCUCCUCCUGCUCACACCGAGGCUGCAUCAGCAUCACUGUCCGGGGCAGAGGAGAGGGAGCGGCGGGUCACUGUCCGGGGCAGAGGAGAGGGAGCGGCGGGUCACUGUCCGGGGCAGAGGAGAGGGAGCGACGCACGCACGACCAUCCUUAUGUCCGUGCGCAGGGGGUCCAUGCAGACGCGCGGGAGCCCCGGGCGGAGGGCAGCCCGUCGCUCCCUCUCCGCGGCCUCACGAUGAGCAUCUCUCCUCCUCCUUCUGUUCAUGUCAGAGCAAUGUCCUCCUCCGUGUCCGUGCGCCUCAAGGCCGGGGACAGAGGGCCGCGGCGGUGGGCUCCAUCACAGUCCGCGCACACACAAACACACAGCUCUCAUGCACAGAUCAUACACAGAUGA